CAAUCAUUCUUCUUUCUUUCUUUCUUAAUUUCUUUCCCUGCGCAGUCAUAGUGAUAUAGCUAGACAAGGUUGACGGUCUAAUCUCUCAAAGAAAAUGGAACCUGUUCGUAUUGAAAAGAUGAGGAAAUAUAGGGAAAAAAUCAUCUUGGAAUAUCUACCGCUGCAUAAGGAGAUAUAUACUAUGGAUGCCGAGAACUUUUUCACUCCGUCAUUUCUCAGAGCAAUUCAAGAAAAUACAGAAGCGGCCUUUAAAAGUAUAAUGCAUCAACCUUGUAAAGGAAUUUAUACAUUUAAUAUGCUUCAACCACUAUUUUGUCAAAAGCUCAUAUCUGAGGUGAUUCAUUUUGAGAAAUGGGCUCUUCAUAACAAGCGCAAAAUCAUGCGGCCUAACAUAAUAAAUAGAUCUGGUGUUGUUCUUGAUGAUUUUGGCCUGGAACCUAUGCUUCACAGAUUUAUGACUGAUUUCAUACGUCCUAUGUCUCAAGUUUUUUACACCGAAUUUGGUGGAUCUUCACUUGAUUCUCACCAUGGUUUUGCGGCUGUAUAUGGAAUCGAUAAGGGUGUGAAAGUUGACUGGCAUGUAGAUGAUGCAGAAGUCUCCAUAAAUAUUUGCUUGGGAUCAAAAGAUUUUUCGGGUGGACAACUGUUCUUCCGGGGUGUUCGAUGUGAUGAACAUUUAAAUUCAGAGAUUCAUCCAGAUGAGAUCUUCAAUUAUUGUCAUGUUCCAGGACAUGCAAUUCUUCAUCUUGCUAGUAACCGACAUGGUGUUGAACAUGUAACAUCCGGAAUUGGGAUGAAUUUAGUUCUCUGGUGUAGAAGUUCGGCUUUUAGACAGUUGAUGAAAACUCAAAGAGAUUUUUCUAGCUGGUGUCGAGAAUGCAAACGCAAGAAGGAGGAGGCAGAGUGCCAACGCAAGAAAAAGGAGACACAGUGCUCAUAGUUCCA